AUGUCCGAACUUGACGAGGAGCGAAUGUGCUGGAUUUGCCUGGAGGGCGACGUGGAGUCGUCGCAGCAUACGCACUGGGUGCAUCCGUGCCGCUGCCGCGGCAGCAACAAGUGGGUGCAUCACCGCUGCCUGAACCGCUGGAUCGAUGAGUUGCAGUCGCAAUAUCCGAAGAAGCCGAUCGCGUGCCCCCAGUGCCGCACGAAGUACCUCAUUUGGAUGCCGCCGCUUUGUCGAUUCGAUGCGUUUCUUGUCUGGGUUGAUGACAUAUUGAAUCUGGUGUGUCCCAGCGUGGACAUGGCUGCACUUUCGGCCGUCUUGUUUUUCUCGACGGUGACCUUCGGCGCUCUGACAAUGAUUCAGAUUGUUGGCUACAACGAGACCCUCACAUUACUGCACGAGCAGACCACGCUAGCGUCAAUCGCCCUGCCGACAAUUCCUGCGGGACUUCUGCUUACUCGCCAUAUCAGAGUGGACAGACCAUUUCUGCGUUUUCUACACAUCUUCCGCAUUCGGCACCAAGACCUGCAGCCAGAGGAUCUGGACGAGGAGGGCGAGCCACUGCCCGGCGCCCCGCUCGGCGACGACUACUUCGAUGAACUGCCUGAAGAACAUGGUCCUGAGGACAUCAACUUGCAGCUGGGAGCUCAAGUCAUUAUCAGCGAGGAAGCGCGCGGAGCGGCGGCCAGCUUCGUUGUGGCGCUCAGCCUGCCCAGCUUUGCCGUGCUGCUGGGACGCACGCUGUACGGGAAUAUAGGAAAUAGAUACAUGGGCAUCUUCCUGGGCGGCAUCACGUUCCUGGGCAUCAAGGGACUGGCCAGCGCCUACAUGCGUCAUGCCUACCUGCAACGUAUGCGCGGUCGCUUCGUGCUGCAGCAAGUGCAGCUAUAA